AUGGCAGAUUAUAACGAGAGUUAGUAACUUUAAUUAGAAGAUGAUUAUUGCAAGAUUUUCAAUGUGGUAGGUAAAUAAUAACCAAAUAACAUAAACGUGAAUGAAUUGGAGACAUUGAAUAUGAGGAAUGUAAAAUAUUUACAAAUUUCAUUAAAAUCAUUGAAUUUGAAUUCGAAAUAAUUUCAGGACAAGUCGAUUAAAUUGAAUGUGAAAUUGCCAAUGAUACGAAAUAACAUCAUUGAGUACCAAAUACAUUAAACAUACGAUAUCGGAAAAAAUGGGAAAUCGCUUAUGUUUAAUGCAUAAUUCAGAUCUAAUUUCUAAUUGACUGAAAAUAGCUUAGGAUAAAUAAACCAAGCAGUUAUCUAUUUUCAAGUAUUUUCAUUGGAUGUAGAAAUCGGAAAAGCCGAAUUCGUGCUUUCGACUAUGAUUAUAGACAGACUGAGAUGUUUUACCUACUAGGUUCCAAUCUAAUAAUUGGGUUAGGUGUAAACCAAGAACAACAAGAAGGGGAAGGUUGACAAAUUAAUAGAGACAGGAAUAUUAGAGUUUGAAGUGUAAUUGUAGGAUAUUGAUGCAAGGAGUCAGUAAGUUGAAUAAUCUCCAAAAAAGGAAAUAGAUAUUGAAGAACAAGUCUAGAAGAUAUACGAAAAGGUCAAUGAAUAGAAUCAGAAAGAAAAGGAGAAAAAAAGAUUACUUAAAUAAUAAUAGGAAGAAGAAAUGAAUCAGCAAUUGAUUUAAUAACUGCAAUCAUUCCAAUUAUAUUUAAAUAUAGGAAAGCUCAUACACUUAAAUUAAGUCCUCUGUUAAGAGAAAAUCGAAGAUGAGUAAAUCAACUUAUAUUUAAAAUUUAAAUCAUAUGGAACUCAAGAAAUAAAUCAGACCCCAACUAAUUGGAACACUUCUAAAUGGUUUAUCAAUUAUACUGCAAGAUGUCAAAUAACGGUAACAUCCUUGAGUAAGAUGGAGAACAUACCAUGGAUUCUUGAAUUAUGGGCUAAGCACACUUAAACCAAUCAAGAUGUUUUAGUUGGAAUAGCAAGAUUAUCAUUAGUAUCGAUAAGUGCCCUUAUACUUAAUUAAAAUCCAUUAGUUGUUAUUUAAACUCUCAGAAGCAAUCUCUCACCAUAAAUACUAAUUGAUGAAGACAUCCCAUUUGAGGAUUUAAGAACUAAGCAAAUUAUGGCAAUCAUUAAAUUAAAGUUAGCAUUCGGAACAAAUCCUCAAAUCAAUAAAUUAGUUAAUUCUGAGAUCACUUAUGUUGAUGAAUCCAUUGAUGAAGAGCCUGAAGAAGCUCCUAUUGACAAUGUCAAUGAGCCUGAGAAACAACCUGAACCCCCAUAAAUAGACUAGCCAGUAGUUUAUGAAAAGAUCCCUUUGUAAGAAUGUCUCAUUACAACUCUGAAUAAAAUUACUUAAACUAUUCGUAUUUUGCCCAAAGAACAAUUCAUAUUAAUUGAUGAAUUUGUAGAUAUAGUUUUGCAACUUUGUGGAUUAAAUUUUAAUAAGAGAAUAAUAACUUCGCUUUCUCAAUACUUAUAAUUUGAUUAAUCGACUUUGGACUGGCAUAUCUUUUUGCAGAGUUGGUAAGCAUUUACCAAUUAUAAGAAACAAUUGAAAUUGAACUAUACAAAAAUAUAUGCCAAUUUUUAUUAAUAAACUUUGAAAAUAUUUCCAAGCAUCAAUGCUUUAGAAAGGGAUAUGCCCCAUGGAGCAUUUGGAUUGGUCCAUAGAUAAUAACUGAAAGAAUAUUUAUUAAGUUGCAAAGGAGGAAACAUACCUUCUGGGCCUUCUUUCUCAGCCAUAACCAUCAACUCUGUAUUUGAGACCUUGGAAGUUAAUAGUGAUGAUUAAAUACAAAUCUCGGAUUUAGUGGAUUAUUUAAGAUAGUUUGAGGUGCAGGGUGAAAUAUCGAAGAUCUAUGCUCCAAUCUUGUAAUUAGCUUAGAUUAUUGAAAAGAAUAUGCAAAUUUGGAUUCGUAACAAUAAAUAACAAAUGGAUGACUAUAUAAAUAACAGAGAGUUCUAAUAGGGAUUGAUGGCUUCGAAUAUAAUGGAAAUAUUUUAAGAUUUGGGAUUGAAUUGCACAUUGCUUGAUGCAGUGGCCAUUAUGAAUUAGAUUGGUGAUUACAACAAUGUUGAAAAUCAAGAUGGGCAAAAAGUAUGCACAGAGAUCGCUUUUUGGAAAUAUAUCGAUUGGUUAUAUUAGAAUGAAAUUGAAGUGAAGGAACCUUCAAGUCCAAUAGCUGUGCCACAACCAAAAGUGAAUGGAAUAAAAAAGCCAUAGCCAAUAGAUUUUUAAUUUCUAGAAACUUAAUUGAUAAUAGAUUUUAUCUAAUUGACCUACAUUGAUGGAGAAAAAUAUCAAUUGUAAAUUUAAUUGGAAAACACAGGCUUGAGUGUAACUACACCUAAGACAUCUAUAUUGAAAGCUAAUUUUUAUGAAAAUGGUCAAAUCCCACUUAAUAUGAGGGCUAUUUGCACUUUAAGUGAUAAAUUCUCACAUGAUUUUAGAAAGACUCUGCAUGACAGAAUGGAAUUUUCAGGAUUGAGCAUUGUGCUGUUCAAAGAUAAUCAUGUUUUCAGAGGGAGUCUGGCAAGUGAAGAGAUUCUUACGAUAGAAAAUGAAAAGGAGACCUUUUUUGUUUAAUUGUUUGAUGAGGUGAAAGGAACGGAUGCAACUCUGAUUGAAUUUAAGAUGAGUAUCAAAUAGUAAGUGAAAGAUGAAAAACCAAAGGAGGGCUUUCAAUUAUUCAAUCCUGAAGGUCAAAUUCAAUAGGAAGCUCAAAUCAGUCAGGAGGAGAUCUUAAACAUUCUGAAACCAGAAAUAGUGCACACCUUCAGGAUUAAUAUAAAGCAAAUUAAUUGGUAUAAGAAUUUAAAGUUUACUUCACUGAAGGUGAAACUCUCUUUGGCUACAGAUAAGAAGAUAUUAAAAGAAGCUAUUCCGUGUUUUACGAGUGAUGAUUUCAAAGACGAUUUUGACAUAGUAGUCGAAUAUCAAGUGAAGUGUGAUCAAGUGUUAGCAACUUAGUUAUCGAAAUGCCAUCUAUAAAUAUAACUUCUUUUGAAUUGCAAUUCAUAAACCAAAUCACUUAUUGGUUAUCUACCCAUAAAACCCUUAUUUGAAGAAAGCAAAGUCACUGGAGAAAUUCCUUUAGAUGAUAGUGUGACAGGUGCCUUUAUCUGCACAUUGAAUCUAGAUACUGUAUACACAACUGAUCAAAUAGUGGAGUAGGUUGUUCAGGUAGAAGAGAAACUCAAAUUUUAGAAAAAGGUUAUCAUUCGUGUUAUGGAAUUGAUUUUACUUGAUUACAAAAAUGAAUUGGGAGAGAUCUAUUUUAUGUUAGUUGAUCCAUUGAAUAUGUCUGAAUCCUAUGAAGUCAGACCCAAUACUCCUUCUAUUUUGAAUACGUAGGAUUGCAUUUUCAUUUUAUCUGAAACUGAAUUGUAAAGUGACGUUGUAGAAUUAUAAGUGAGAUCGGUCAUGUUGGGCGAAGACAAGAUCAUAGGGAAUGUGUCAAUUCAAUUAAAGUAGUUGAACAACGAAGGUAUAUUUGGGGAAAGCAAUUACUUGAGAGUUGACACAAAGGCAUCAUCAUUGGAAAUAGCUGCAAGAGUAGGUGUCAAGGUAAUUUAUGUUUGUGCCAAAGAGACCAGCAACGAUAAUUAUUUGAAUGCUUUUAGAUAUCCAGCAAUUAAGGAAUUGGAGAACUAAUAGAAUGUUGAAUAAUACUUGAGAAGUAAGUUGUAGUUCUCAUUUUCUGAGAUUAACUUCCUGAUGUCUUUGAUAAAAAACGAUGUGUUCUCAACUACCAUUUUGAAACCACUAGAACUUUAAGCUGAAAAAUCAAUAAUCGUUGAUUUGUUGAAGGAGUUCACUUUUUAUGAUUCAGAUUAAUUGAGAUAUGUCAAUCCCAAUAUUCUGGCAACGAUAUUUGGUUACUUCAAUUUGCCAGAUCAUAGAGAUUAGUUUAUUUAGCAAAUCCACAAGCGAAUGCCAAAUGAUUUUCAAUGUCCUUCCAAUCAAUUCGAUUACUUGACAUUUUUGGCUCAUCUUCAAAAGUGUAUGCCUAAUGCCACUCCUUUGUUUAAGCUUGAUAUGCAGGGACCAAUUCAACAUGAAGUUUUACAAGUCAUUAAGAAAAGUCCUGUAAAACAACAUGAAGAAACACUGCCCAAAUUGAAUUAUAAGUAAAUGCACUUCCAUUUUGAAUGUGGAAGAAACUUAAAUGCUUUAACAAAGAGAAUUCCUAAUUCAAUCCUCAAAUUCCCAUAAUUGGAUCAGGAAUCAAAAGUUUUUCAUUGUUAGGCAAAUCCACAAUAUGAUGCAUUGGUAAGUGUGGAUGUUCUAAAAUUCAAAAACUUGCAAGUACAAAUAUUUGAUAAGAAAUAUUCAGUGGAUGAGAAAGAGUUCUAUAAGUACAACCUAAUUGGUUAAGCCACUAUUCAUUUUGAUCAAAUCAAUCAGUAAUUUCCCUAGGUGAUCUAAUUACAAUUAGAAAAUCAAGAACACAGUUUCAAUUAAACAAAUACGAUUCCUUAUCUUAAUAUUAAGAUCUGGACUGACAAUGAGGAGAUAAUGCCUCAAAUAGUUAAAAAGUCACCAGUCAAACCUGUAGUGUAAACAUCAAAAGAAACAGUACGCAGAUUAGUGUUUGAUUUAGAGAAUAAUGAGAAUGAUUCUGGGAAGGAUAAUGCAACAAUAAAGAAUUUGGAGAAAGAAUUGGAGGAGCAAUUGAGAUCCCUCAAAAAAAAGAGAUAAGAAUAACCAGAUACCACUAUCCAGAAAAAGGAGGAUGAAAAGCCUAAAGAACAGCCUAAGGAACAGCCCAAAUAACCAUAAGAUAAUGAUGGAACCAGCAAUCAGGGGAAGAAACAAUAGCCUAAGAAAAUCGAGAAGAUGAAACCUCAGGCAUAUUCUUCAUCUGGUUCCUCUUCUCAUUAGAACCCAGCUAAGAGUUCUAGUUCAGGCAAUAGAUUGGAGAAGAUAGAUGAAAAACUACCAAUUAAUGGAGCUGAGUUGAAGAGGAUAGAGAAGAUACUAAGAUUGAAUAAUCUACCAGUUGACAAGUAUGAUUCACUCUAGGAUGAUUCAGAUUAUGAAUGA